CCAAAACAGUCACAUAGCAGGGUUAAGGUCACAUUGCGUCAUUAUUAAUGACCAACAGUUAGAUUAAUCGACUGUCUGCAGCCAUAACCACAACGGGCAAACCUGGUGCUCUAUGAGAACUUCCAAGGUCUCAUUAAAGAGAUAACGAGUUAGGAACAGGAGAAGAUUGAAUGGCCUGGAAACUACACCAAAGGAAAGACUACUAUCUGCCUGUUGAGAGGGCUUGGCACCAGCUACCUGCUUUUGGGAGAUAAAUUAUCCCGAAAAUAUUGGCUACAUUUCAAACAGGCUGUUCAGACUACUAUGCUAUCUAUUUUGAAUAAGACAUUUAAGCAUUAGAUUGAAGCGUAUGGCAGAGGGAUAUUUUCUUCCCAGGACAUGGGGAAUGGAAUAAACAAGGUGCUGCCUGAUCUCUAUCUGGGAAACUUCAAAGAUGCGCGGGACAAGGAGCUGUUGGCGAAGCACAACAUCACCCACAUCCUUUCCAUCCAUGACACCGCUGCCCCCAUUCUAGAGGAGAUGAAAUACCUCUGCAUCCCUGCUGCGGAUGCCUCCAAACAAAACCUGACCCAGUUUUUUAAGGACAGCAUCAUUUUCAUCCACGAGUCCAGACUCAAAGGGAAAGGCUGCUUGGUCCACUGUGUUGCAGGUGUGUCUCGCAGCGUUACGUUAGUGGUGGUGUACAUCAUGACAGUUACUGGGCGGGGCUGGGUGGAGUCGUUAGCUGCGGUGAGGGUGGUACGGCCGUGUGCUGGACCUAACGUGGGGUUCUUAAGGCAGCUAGAGGACUUUGAGAAUCUAGAGUUGGCACAGUAUAGGGAAUGGUUUAAGGACAGGUAUAAGGAGAACCAUUUUAAUGAUGAAGAGGAGAUCAGAGCCCUUCUGUGGCAGAAGUCUCAGGCCAUCAGUGAGUCCAUAGCAACGGCUACGGCAACGGCGGCUCAGCUAGCCACCAGCAACACAUGACCCCGUGGUCUCCUGCCUGCUCAGCCCACGCCAGACAGCUGUCACUCACCCAAUGCCCAGCCAAUCACCGUUUCUGACUUCAAUAUAUAUUGGUGGGACUGAGUUUCUUAUUCAGUUCAACCAACUGUAGGUUAGACCAACUGGAAAUGUUGAUUACAAAAAAAAUGUACAGGUUGUCAUGAGGGGGAUUUCUCAGUGGUCCCUGUGUGUAACUGGGUUCUUUCUCUCCCUUAACAGUCACAGCAACAUGCAAGAGCAGUCAAUCUGAACGCUCAGGAAAGAUACAUUACAAGCCUACAUUACACACACAGAGAGAGAGAGACAGAGAGAGAGAGAGAGAGAGAGUAAACCUCUAACUUCUAUCAUCUCCCCCACUCCUGUCCAUACACACUCCCUCCCCCUCUGAGUGUGGCGUGUGUGGGUUUGUGUGUGUGUGUGUGUGCUUUGUGUUUAGCCUAUUACGAGGAAUACAUCUCUGUAUAUUCAUAGGCCUAAAAGGUAUGUGAAACGUAGCACUGUAUCUUUGUAGACUGACUGAGAUUUUGAUUGAUUAUUCUUGACCAUGGCAUAUAAAAAAGUACUUACAAUGAGUCUACUGUUACCAUGCAUAUAGAGGUGGUUAAAGUUAGGCAAUAUCACCAAGCACAGACACAUUUUCAUGUUAUCCCCACUAGGCAAUCUUCUUUAUCACAAUAAUAAUUAGCCUAUGACUUUAUUUAUUAUAAUGAGUACAUAGGUUACUUAUUAAAAAAAUGUUCUCUGA